AUGAAUGCUUUAGAAGAAUUGAGGAAUGAGCCUUAUACUAAAUCAUUGAUUUAUAAGGACAAGACCAAAAGAUGGCAUGAUGCAAGGUUGAAAGGAAAUAAAGAGUUUGAGGAAGGACAAAAAGUGCUAUUAUACAAUGCAAGACUUAAACUUUUUCCGGGAAAAUUACGCACUCGUUGGACCAGGCCUUUUUCUGUAAAACAUGCUUAUCCAUAUGGAGUGGUUGAGUUAUGGAGCAAGGAUGGGUCAAGUUUUAAAGUUAAUGGGCAUCAGGUUAAGAGAUACGAAGAAGGAAUGCCACAAGAUGAGAGUAUUGAAGAAAGGCUGGACUUGGAGGAAAUUGCAGCAACGUAG